AUGGAGGGCUUUAAGGAGGAAGUCGACAGAGCCAGGGCAAAGGACGGCAGCAGGGACAGCACAGCUGGCCAGACCACAGAGAAGGAUCUGGCUGGCACAGCGAAGGAGGCAGCCUUUGUAACGGGCAGUGAGAUUGCUCCACCAUGCAAGACCCCACUCAUCUGCUGCGCAGACGGCCUUGAUCAGGACACCUUUAAAAUUUGCAAGGAGCUUUUGAGACCCUUUAAGAAGUCACUUAGGAAACUGCAUUUGCCCCAGCACCUCCCCACAGAGAAAAAAAUUAAGUACACGAAGAAAAGUUUGACCAUAAUUGGGGACCGCAUCGAUCUGUUUCUCCAGCGGUACUGCAAAGCCUCGGAAGUCAAGCACUGGCAGAAGAUGUUCUGGCAGUUUGUCUCCCUCUUCUCAGACAUGGAUGCAAAGCAACUGCGGAAGCUGUAUAAGUACAUCAAGAACAACCAAAUGGAUAAGUUUCUGCAAUUACGCUGUCCUUCAGAAAACCCAGAUUCAGUUCCAGGACUCGAAGAAAAGAAACUGAAGCACCUUUACAUCAGUUGGGGUCUCUGCAGAGGUACAAGAGACCUGCAGGAACACCCUGGUCAAGGAGACAGUCACCACCAACACACCCACAAAGUCCCCACCCAGCAGCAAGAAUGAGAGAUGAGAGGUAAUCACAUAGCCAGUGUCAUAUUGGCACCAAGCAGGAAAAGCAUUUUCCUGCUCAAGUAGAGCCACCUACACUUGGGAUUUUUGCAAAAGGAUCAGCAGGUGAAGACGUGAUCAGUGGUGGAGCUAGAGGAGUUGGGCAGGUUUAACUGCUGCCUCAGAAGAGACAUGGGGGUAGG